UAAAUUAGAAUAAUGUUUGUAGUAUUCGUGUAAGAUCAUUUAUUAAUAUUUUCGACUUACACCCGAGACAAUUUUCCUUUUUUUUAACAGAAGUAAUAGACGCACAAUUAUGAUGUUUAGAUAUUUAGAACCCGCAAACAACGCACAAUUUUCUGAUAGAGUUUAAAAGACAGGAUUAUGUAUAUCGGAUGCCAUCGCAUCAGAUAUUUCGGUAAUGACUGAUCUAUGGUAGUGAUCGAUAGUGUAUCUAUGCAGAUCUUGCCUAUGCCAUAUUUUAUGCCGACAGUUAUCUAUGGCCGAUAGUGUUUGUGUCAUUUCGUCAGUGGUUUGUUGCUUUUUAGGUGUUUGAAUCAUUUUUGCUUUUUAUUGUCACAAAGGCAGAUUAAUUGUUAAUUUUAUGUAGUUAAUAUUUCAGGAUGUUUGUUCUUUUUUCGGAUUCUAUGUAGUUGUGGCAUUGUUGAAGAGUAAUAACCACAAUGUUUAUACUAUUCCUACAACUAUUUCAAUAACAUAAACAUAACCUGCACUUAGUUUUUCUAACAUCAUGGAGCACCCAGCAUGGAGGGUUUUUGUCAAACAUAAAACAAACGUCUUUGAAGAUUUAGAUGUCAAAGAUAUAUUGGAUGAAUUAUUUUCAAAUGAAAUUAUUAAUGUGAAUGAAUAUGAGUUAAUCCUAAAUAAACCAACUCGAAUUGAGAGAAACAAUUGUUUUCUCAGUAAGUUGCCACGUUUACCUGCUCAAAAAUUCAGCACGUUCUUAAAUUUACUUGAAAAGAACUAUAAAUGGCUUUAUGAUUUAAUUUUAUUAUCAAAAAAUGUGGAAUUGGAUGAAGUUACUACAUACCAGGAUAUAUUCAUAAAAGGAAACAUUCCAAGAGCUCCUCCCCAUUAUGUCGAAAGAAAGCAACAAUUGCAAAAUCUGAUAGAAUUACUAAAGAAAGUUGAGCCCAGGGGUAGGGUAGUGGUACAUGGCAUGACUGGCUGUGGCAAAUCUUGCUUAGUUGCUGCAGCCGUGAAGAGUUUGAUUUUGGAGUCCUAUGAAAACAGAGUGUUUUGGAUAAAUUUAGGUGAAGUUAAAAGUAAUGAACAAUUGAUCUCCCACAUGCAAUUAUUACUUCAAAGACUGACUUUUGAUCUUGAAAUUAAUGGUCUAGAUGGAUUAAAUCAAAUAUUUAGAACUGAUCUCUGGCUUAAACAAGAUGUUGAUGUUUUGAAAAAUUGCUUAAGUUAUUUUUUUACAAUGUCUUCACAACGAAAUACUUUAUUAAUAUUAGAUAACGCUAACUUAACAGAUACAGUCGAUGCAUUUGAUGUUGGAUGUAAAAUUGUGAUAACUACUCAAAAUAAGCAAAUAAUACACGGAAAUUCUAUUUUGCUUUUGGAGGUGAAAGAUGGUUUUACUGAAAAUGAAACAUUAUUGCUUUUUGCAAAAUGUUUGCAGACAAGUGUAGAUAAAUUACCUCCUCAAGCAAGUAAAAUCCAUAAGUUGUGUAAAGGACAACCAUUGGUUGUAUCUCUAAUGGGCUCUUUAUUUGAGCAAAAUAAAGAUGACUUACUAAGCAGUUCAAACAGAUGGCAAUAUUACGUUAAAAAGCUCACUGAAAAAGACUUUACACUAGGAAGCAGUAAAAAUGGCAAGGACGUACUGUUUCGUACAAUAAAAUUGUGCAUUAAAAAUUUAAGUCCAAAACUUCAAGAAUUAUACAAAUUAUUAGUAGUAUUUGUUGAAGAUGUAAACAUAACGCCUAAAGUUCUUCAGACUUUAUGGAAUCUAGAUGACAUCUAUGCUAUCGAGGAAAUAAUGGUAGAAUUACAAAAUAAAUCCCUUGUAGUUUCUCAUUACAGCCAGGAAUUGAAAACUUAUGUGUAUGGAAUGCAUGCGUUACUUUUGGCGUAUCUAAGACAAAAUUAUACCAAGGACCAAAUAAGAGAAUUACAUAGAACUUUUGUCAAGGCUUACAAAAAUACUUGCGCAGGCAACUUUGCUAAUUUAUGCGAUGAUAAUUAUAUCUUCCAGUACCUCGGCUACCAUCUGUCCGAAGCUCAAAUGUAUGAAGAUUUUAGGCAGAUUUAUUUUGAUCUCAAUUUUAUUGGUGCUAAAAUUAAGGCUGUGGGCAUCGCUGAUCUCCUUAAAGAUUUUCAACUCUACAGGAAAUAUAUAACUUGCAACGAGGAGACAUUAGAGAGAAAAUUAAAAGACUUCGAACAGUUUAUUAAAAUUAAAGGUCAAGACUUAUUUAAAUAUAAUUAUACAAAUAUAGUACAAAGUGCUUUAGAACAAAAAAAUAGUUCUGUGUAUGAGACUGCAAUAAAAGUUGCUCAAGAAAACUCGAAGUGUUUAUAUUUCCGCUUGCAUGCACCUCAAGAAAACGUUUAUUUUACUCAUACUAUUGACGUAAAAGAUGUCGUGACUGCCGUGUGUUUCACCAAUGACCCUGACCAGAUAUUAAUUGGGAAUUCGAAUGGAGAUAUUACAUUAUGGGAGCAUGUUUAUGCAGGACAGUUAUGUACGUUUAAUGGUCACAGUAAACGAAUAACACGCCUCCAACUUAGUUCUGAUGGCACAGAGUUUUUAUCGGUGUCUGAGGAUGGCUGUGCAAAAAUUUGGAAAUUAGAAGAAAACGCGAAUUUCUGUAAAAGUGGCUGCAGCCCCGAUGAUAAAGGUCACAGGCAAAGUAUUCCAUCUCCAAAGGUGAAACAGUCUCCCUACACCAAUUUUUUCAGCGACGAUUCUAUAAUUGACCGAAGUCGAACUUUUAAACCAGCAGACGAUAUAAAUGACGCCAUUGUAUCUGCCUCGUAUUCUUCUGAUGACAACAGAUACCUAGUAACUGGUUGUUUAAGCGGUAAAGUAAUUGUUUGGAAUUUGAGAGAUGACAAACCCGUCCUUACAAUCUCUGGCAAAGACCGUCCCAUUACAUAUGUAACUUUCUCAGAUGAUGACAAGUUUAUCAUAUUUUGCUACGAUAACAUAAUCCUUUUUCACGAUUCCCAAAAUGGUCAAUUUAUAAGGCACUAUAUCAAGUUCUAUGGCCCCUUCCCAGACACCGAAUGGGCCCGCGUGGCCAUUUAUCAAAACGGCUUUAAUGGAAACAUAUAUAACGCGCCACGGAUACACAUUCACGUGGAUUAA